AAAUACUCAAAGCCUGUCUCUCCCAUCUAGCCAUCUCCCUCUCCUCUUCCUCCCCCGGCGUCUCCUUCCUUGCGUUGCCCCUUGCUUUCCUCACGAAGCCAUACCGUACACGCUCGUCGUCCCCAGCAACUCCCCAUGCCCUGCACCCUCUGCAUGCCGAGCGACUGCGCGGGCCCCUUCGCCGCCACCUCGCCGCUGACGCAGUCGUGACACCCGCUGCGCUGUUCCCCCCGUGUUCACCCCACCCCUGGUUCCUGAUUUCACCAGGUCCCAUCAGAUUACUCGCUCUUCCUGAUUCAUCCGGGCCGAGACUCCGUGUUCGUCAUGGCGCCGCUUCGCGGGGCCAAGCGCCGCAAGAAGGCGGCCGCGGAGAAGAAGGCCGCAAUGGCGGCCGCGGCGGCGGGGCAGGGUGCGCCUGGCGGCGACUGGUGGGAUGGCUUCUGCAUGAGGAUGGCAGGAACCUUAUCCUCUGCGGAGGAUGCACACAGAUUUGAGUCUCUCUUCAAAAUGCCCAGAAAAACUUUCAACUAUGUUUGCAGCUUGGUAAAAGAUGAUAUGAUGGUAAGGGCUAGCAGCUACACCUUUAUCGAUGGGACGGUGCUGUCUUUAGAAGAUCGAGUAGCUGUUGCUCUGAGAAGGUUGAACUCUGGUGGGUCGCUGGUGACCGUAGGAACCUCUGUUGGUGUGAACCACUCGACUGUCUCUCUGAUAACUUGGAGAUUUGUUGAAGCUGUGGAGGCACGAGCAGGCCACCACUUACGCUGGCCAGAUUCGGAUGAGAUGGCGAUGAUCAAAUCCAAGUUUGAGAAGAUCCAUGGUUUGCCAAACUGCUGUGGUGUAGUAGACACAACUCACAUCAUUAUGUGUCUCUCUUCAGCUGAACCAAACUGCAAGGUGUGGCUAGACCACGAGAAGAAUUACAGCAUGGUAUUGCAGGCUGUCAUUGAUCCUGAUAUGAGGUUCACAGACAUUGUAACCGGUUGGCCAGGUAGCAUGAAAGAGUCGAGUAUUUUACACAGCUCUGGUCUCUUCAGGCUGUGCGAGAACGGUGCACGGUUGAAUGGCAGCAAACUGACGGUAUCAGACGGGUCAGAAGUUGGGGAAUACGUAAUUGGUGAUGCAGGAUACCCUCUUCUCCCGUGGCUGUUCACUCCUUACCUGGACAAUGACCUCUCAGAAUUGAAAGUGGAAUUCAAUAAGAGACACUCUGCAGCCAGAACAGUCGCGCUGAAGGCGCUGGCGAGGUUCAAGGACACAUGGAAGUUCCUGCAGGGAGAGAUGUGGCGCCCCGACAAGCAUAAGCUGCCUCGGAUAAUCCAUGUGUGCUGUCUGUUGCAUAACAUAGUGAUAGACAUGGAGGAGGAUGCAGCCAUGGACGACGCUCAUAUAUCAGAUGAUCAUGACGCUAAUUACAGUCAGCAAGUGUGCCAGUUAUCAGAUGAGAAGGCUGUCAGGAUGAGAGACAAACUGUCCGAGCACUUGAACAGCAGUUGACAGAAGAGCUCGAUGAAGAAUUGAAUGUAGGUGCUGCUGUUGAUUCCGUCCGUUGCAGGCUUGCAGCUUAGGCUUUGGCUGCAUAGUUUUGCAGAGUUUUGGCCAAUCUUGACUGAUGAAACUCGGUUGUAAUCUUAGAGCCGUAGUCCAUGCCAAUUCGAUCUGGCUCUUUUGACUUUUUAUCAUCUUGUUGGUGCUCAAUGAAUAUUACUCUUUACAAGAUCGACUAUAAACUGUCCCUUUCGGCA